AUGAAGUUAAAGGAAGAAAGAAUUGAGGCUGAGAAAAGACGGGUAAAAGAAGAGGCACAACAACUUGCUCGAAUUUUUGAAACAAUUGGGGCUUUCAAGGUGAAGUGGAAAGGUGGUAAAGGAAAACUAAUUUUUGGAAGUGUUACAGCUCAAGAUCUUGUUGACAUUAUCAAGGCGCAACUUCAAAGGGAGGUAGACAAGAGAAUUGUCAAACUUCAAAAGAUACGAGAAACCGGAGAAUAUAUCGCAGAAUUAAAGCUGCAUCUGGAAGUUACUGCGAGAGUAAGGUUGAAUAUCUUUGCUAACUAAAGCACAAGUAUGAAGUUCUAUAUGCUAAUAAUGCACAUUUAGAACUACCAAUUUGCAUUGGUUCAAGGUAAAUAACCACUGUAUGAAUCUUUAAACAUCAAGCUUUAUGUGAUUUUGUCCCAAAGUUCUAAUAGAGAAAGGAUUCUUAAUAUACUAGUUCAAUGGUUUAUGUUCAUAUUUCCUCUUAAAAUGUGUAUUCAA